AAAUAGGUUUAAAGCUUUAUGGAUCAUGUUAACAUAGUAAACAACCACGUUAUAUAGUACCAAAUGUUUGAGACUAAAAUAAAACACUAACAAGACCAAAUGCAACCAUACAUGUAAUCCGCAGCAUAGAAGCUGUAAUAGCGUAGGGAAUUGAAACACACUGUGAUAGGGUAUGGAACGAAGAGUAAGCGAAUAAUAGAUCAUCUUAAUCUUAUGGUUAUAAGAAACUAAUUUCUGAUAUUUUUUCUUUUGGAAAUAGUUUAUUUAUUGUUGAGUGACACGUUAAUUAUUCAACUCCUUGAGAUGUAUAAGAUUUUAAUCGCUAAAAACUCUCAAUGUUUGUUACAGACACAGUCAAGCAACCUCUUUUUGCUACAUCUUUGGAUGAAUACUACUAAAUCUUCUCAAGACUCUUUCAAAACACAUUUCAAUUUCAAAGAGAUAAAAAUAACAUAUCGAUUCAACUUUACUCAAAGCCAGAAUGCAGAACUGACUCGAGAUCUCACUGUUUCACACUCUCACCGCUUCAUCAUCUUUAUCACUACAAAGACAAAUAGCUAUGAACAGAAUCAUAUCAUCACAAAGAUCAGACUUGAUUGAACACAAACUCUCACAACACACUUGUUUCUUCGGCAUCAAGCUAUGGAUCCUCAUCACAGCUUCCGCCUCCAUAGCUUUCCUCUUAGCAUUCAUUGUCUUUGUCUCCUUAUGUUUCAUCUUUCACAGGAGAAGAUGUAGACAAGAGCCAUUCAGACUAAGAUCAAAGCUUUGUCUGCCGUUGUCACACAUUCCCUUAAACAGUGACAGACGAUAUAAUCCUUACAACCGUUGCCCCGAGUAUAUAGAGAGCGGGAGAAUCUCCUCUCAGGUUGGAUGGUCAUCUGCUCAUCUUCCCUACUACACUAGAAGCUUCUCCUCUACCAGCAGCAGCUUUGGAAGCUUCACCGUGUUUACAUUCAUGGAGAUUGAGAGUAUUACAGAUGGUUUUGCAGACGAGAAUCUGAUUGCUAAAGGAGAUUCUUCAAUGGUGUACCGUGGAAUCUUGAUGGGUACCGUCAAUGUUGCUGUCAAACGGUUCUUCCCCAUCUAUCAAAGGUAUGACGAUAACGACUUCAUAACAAGAGCUGAGAUGAUUGCAAACGUUAGACAUAAGAAUGUUGUGAGACUACUCGGAUACUGCAUUGAAGGAGACGAGAGGUACAUACAUAUAUAUAUAUGUGUGACUUGCUUCGGAAUCUUGACUCACAAGUUUGUAAGAAUUUUUAGGGCUCUCGUGUACGAGAAUGUAGAGAAAGGAGAUUUGCACGAAUGGAUUCAUGGAUCUUCAGGGAGAAACCAACCUCUGACAUGGAGUAAGAGGAUGAAGAUCAUUCAAGGAGUAGCAAAAGGACUGGCGUAUUUUCAUGAAGACCUUGAACCAAGGAUCACUCAUCAAUACAUAAGACCGAGCGAAAUUCUUAUUGAUUAUCAAUGGAACCCUAAGAUAAUACUAGAUAUCCCAACUCAUAAUGAUAGUCCAAUGAACCCAACAUUUGUUCCUUCACCUAAUAAUCUGGAUGAGAAAAUCGACGUUCAUUGCUUCGGGACUUUGAUAAUGGAGCUUGUCUCCGGGAGAGUCUGUGUUGACCAAAGCUCACCACAUGUGUAUCUGGUGGACUGGAUCAAAGAGAUGGUGGUGAAUCAUAUGAUAGUAGAUGUUCUUGAUCCUAGCCUCCCCGAGUUUCCAACAUUAAAAGAACUCAAACGGAUUGUCUUGAUCGCCUUGCGCUGUGUUGAUCCAGAAAUAGAACAGAGACCUAAAAUGGGAGAUGUGAUUCACAUGCUCCAGCCGCAUGACUUGCUACUGAAUAGUAAUGCAAUACGUAAGCCUCAGAAGGUUACCAGGUCACGCGAGGUCUCUAGAAUCAGUAUCAUCGGAACAUGAAUCCCAAGCCAACAAUAAUUGAUUACUAGUUUUGGAGUUACCAUGCCAUAUGGAAGCGUUUAAACGACAGUCGCCUGAGACGUGUGCCAAUAAAAUGCAUUGGUCUGCUUUUCAACCUCCUUCUUUGGCAUCAUAUCUGAUCAUGCAACUGCCCAUAUAUGUCUUUCUUUAUCACUUAUCUCCAUGGUUUUGGACUAAACUUCCUUUGUUCUAUUCUACUUCCAGUUCACAUUUUGAGACACAAUUAAUUGCAUCUUUGACCAAAAAAAAUUAACUAAUUGCAUCUAACACAACAAAUACAGAACAAAGAGAACUUCACAAACACUCAGCAAAACCACAGAAACUAAAGCAAAUACAUAAAUAAAAAACAAUCAAAUCAAAUCAUAAUUAAAAAAGAAACUCAUACACACACUAAACACUCAAUUAUACUCCAUUUUUCUCUGUUUGAUUGUUGUAAAAUAUUUUCUAUUGCGACAUGAUAUUUUAUUAAAGAACAAAGACUUGUAUACUUUUAACAAACAAAAAAAAACAAAGACUUGUAUACAAA